AGCGCAGCGCGGCGGGGCCGGCGGCAUGGCUGUGUCCUGGAGGAGCUGGCUGGCCAACGAAGGGGUUAAACACCUCUGCCUGUUUGUCUGGCUCUCCCUGAAUGUUUUGCUUUUCUGGAAAACCUUCCUGCUGUAUAACCAAGGGCCAGAGUAUCACUACCUCCACCAGAUGUUAGGGCUAGGAUUGUGUCUAAGCAGAGCCUCCGCAUCUGUUCUUAACCUCAACUGCAGCCUUAUCCUUCUACCCAUGUGCCGGACACUCCUGGCCUACCUUCGAGGAUCCCAGAAGGUUCCAAGCAGGAGAACCAGAAGACUGUUGGAUAAAAGCAGAACAUUCCAUAUAACCUGUGGUGUUACUAUCUGCAUUUUUUCAGGUGUGCACGUGGCUGCCCAUCUGGUGAACGCCCUCAAUUUCUCAGUAAACUACAGUGAAGAUUUCGUGGAACUGAAUGCUGCAAGAUACCGAGAUGAGGAUCCUAGAAAACUUCUCUUCACAACUGUUCCUGGCCUGACAGGGGUCUGCAUGGUGCUGGUGCUCUUCCUGAUGAUUACGGCUUCUACAUACGCAAUACGAGUUUCUAAUUAUGACAUCUUCUGGUAUACUCAUAAUCUCUUCUUUGUCUUCUACAUGCUGCUGAUGUUGCAUGUUUCAGGAGGGCUGCUGAAGUAUCAAACUAAUUUAGAUACCCACCCUCCUGGCUGCAUCAAUCUUAAUGGAACCCACUACCAGAAUAUUCAUUUACAAGAUUAUCUCUCAGAACAUUUUCGUGAAUCUUUUCCUGAAGGAUUUGCAAAGCCAGAUGAACUUACCCAAAAGAGAUUUGUGAAGAUUUGUAUGGAAGAGCCCAGGUUCCAAGCUAAUUUUCCACAGACUUGGCUUUGGAUUUCUGGACCUUUGUGCCUGUAUUGUGCUGAAAGACUUUACAGGUGUAUCCGGAGCAAUAAGCCAGUCACCAUCAUCUCGGUCAUACGUCAUCCCUCAGAUGUCAUGGAAAUCCGAAUGGUCAAAGAAAAUUUUAAAGCGAGACCUGGCCAGUAUAUUAUUCUACAUUGUCCCAGUGUGUCUGCGUUAGAAAACCAUCCAUUUACCCUCACAAUGUGUCCUACUAAAACCAAAGCAACAUUUGGUGUCCACCUCAAAAUAGUAGGAGACUGGACAGAACGAUUUCGAGACUUACUACUUCCUCCAUCUAGUCAAGACUCUGAGAUUCUACCCUUCGUUCAAUCUAGAAAUUAUCCCAAGCUGUACAUUGAUGGUCCAUUUGGAAGUCCAUUUGAGGAAUCCUUGAACUACGAGGUUAGCCUCUGUGUGGCCGGAGGCAUUGGAGUAACUCCAUUUGCAUCAAUACUCAACACCCUGCUGGAUGACUGGGAACCGUACAAGCUCAGAAGACUAUAUUUUAUUUGGGUGUGCAGAGACAUCCAGUCCUUCCGUUGGUUUGCAGACUUACUCUGUGUGUUACAUAACAAGUUUUGGCAAGAGAACAGACCUGACUAUGUCAACAUCCAGCUGUACCUCAGUCAAACAGAUGGGAUACAGAAGAUAAUUGGAGAAAAAUACCAAGCGCUGAAUUCAAGACUUUUUAUUGGACGUCCUCGGUGGAAACUUCUGUUUGAUGAAAUAGCAAAAUGUAACAGAGGGAAAACAGUUGGUGUUUUCUGCUGUGGACCCAGUUCAAUUUCUAAGACCCUUCAUAAACUGAGUAACCGAAACAAUUCAUAUGGGACAAGAUUUGAAUACAAUAAAGAAUCUUUCAGCUGAAAACCUUUGAGAUGAACCAGGACUCUGAACAAGGAAUGAGUGCAAUUUCUAAGACUGAAACUCAGCUGAAUCAACCAGCUGUGUCAUACCAAAGAGUAGCAAGGUUUUCUUAUUUAUGAUUAUUUAAAAUGGAAAUACAGAGAAUGUGGCAAGAUGACAGGUCACAUUACAUGUUUAAUCUGGAAACCAAAGAGGCCCUGAAGAAUAGUUGAUGUGAUGAUUCACUUUUCAAUGCUCAGAUUAAAAGAAAACUAUUAGAUGCACACUGUUGAUUUUUAUGGCAGAUUCAAGAACUCCCUAGUGAGGAGCUGUGCUUGCUCACUGUGACGCUGAUAGCCUUGGUCCUCUUUAAAUUGUUUUUGGUUGAACAAAUGCAACAUUGAACAAAAUUAAAAAUUCAUUGAAACUCAGAUUACAUUUUCUACGUGAGUUUAAACAAGAGUAGCUUUGAUUUUGAAAAGCUUCAGGCAAAUAUAUUAGAUGUUUGAAGAUAUAGCACAGGACUCUAUUAAUACGGGUACUUUGUAUCUAAUCUUCCUCACUACUGAUGCUAAUACCUCUGUUUGAUGUCUGUAGACUUUAUGCUAAAUGAACUUUUAUAAAUGUUGAUAUAGUAUCUAUUUUUACAUUUUUCUUUCUUCUUUUUUCCUGUCUAUAAGGAAAUCUUCCCUCCUUUGCAUGCAUUAGAGACAGUGAUUUAAUAGGCCCUUUCCAUCCACAAUUUACUUAAUCUAUUACUGUUGCAUAGUAAUGAGGAAAAUAUCAUUACUCUAAAUUAUAAAGAAAUAUAUAGACUUUCCUUUUUCAGCA